CUCCUUCAGGUUCAUGGCCUCGAUGGCGGCCGACUCGGCGCUCGAAAGCCUCAGUAGUGCUCAGGACCGGGCAAAAGCGGCGGCGGCGGAGAUGGCGGCAGCGGGCGCGAGCGUGGGCAGCGACGGAUUCACGACGAUGGCGAGCGGGCUCACGAGCGGGGUGGACCGCGUGCGUGCGGCGGGCGACUCGAUGGCGAGCAUCGACCUCUCCAAGCUCGAGGCCGGCUCGAUCGUCUCCGCUUGCUCCUCCCUCACACAGGCAGCUAAGGAGUCGGUGCGCUCCACUGUCGAGGCGGGCUCGUCCUCGCUGCAGGCGGCUAGCCUCACGGCGACGAGCGCGAAGCUCUCCGACCCGAAGGCAUCCGACGACGGCUCCGAGUCGGGCGGCGAGGAGCUCCGGCAGACGGGCUUCCUCGCGCGGCUCGGUCUGCAUCAGGCCGGCCGCGCGUCCGAGCAGGAGAGGCUCGUGCCGUCGUCGCAGGCAGAGGCAAGCCAAACUUAGCGCGGCCCAGACCACCGCUGCCGCAGCCUCGUUUUUCACACCGUCUUCAGUGCGCCACAACGCGUCAGGCGAUGGGCGGCAACAGCUGGGACAAGGUGCGAGGCCUGCAAGACAGCUUGCACGGCAUGGGCUCGAGCUUUGGCUCCGGCCUCACUGCCCUCGACCCGAGCGGGUACCUCGGAGGCAACAAGCCGCGCGAACCCGAACCGUCGAAGUAGGGGUAGCUGCUGCCCCGGCCUGAGCUAUCGGCAGCGGCUGCUCGGCUCAAUCCUUUGCUUCGCCUUCGGCACCCUCAUCUCCCUC